CGUGGUAUUGGCAUCUAAAAGAAGUCACUGGUAAGUCGUAAUUGUUCUUGAACAGCAAGCAAGCAAUUUCAGAAAUGGCGACUCUGUAACCCCAACCUUACGAAACCCAUUCAAGGGUUUUUUCUUCUUACCUUAAUCUACAAAAUCUUCUUUGGGAGGUUCUCUGUUAGUACCUUUUUAUUUAUUUAUUCAGAUUCUGUUAUAAACCCUAGAGUUUAAUAUGAAAGAAGAAGAAAGUGGGCCGCAAAAUAGAGAGUUAUAUGCAUUGCUUCAUAUAUCUCCAGAAGCUUCUGAUGAAGAAAUUCGAAAAGCUUAUCGUCAAUGGGCUCAAAUCUAUCACCCUGAUAAAUAUCAAGCUCUUGAGAUGAAGGAAAUUGCAACAGAGAAUUUCCAACGAAUAUGUGAAGCUUAUGAAAUUUUAUCGGAUGAGACGAAAAGACAAAUAUAUGACAUAUAUGGUAUGGAAGGGAUUAAUUCUGGUCUGGAACUUGGUACUAAGCUGAACAAAGCUGAAGAGAUCAAGGAAGAACUUGAAAGACUACGUCGUCAGAAAGAACUUCAAAAGGUUGCAGCACAUCUCCGACCUUCUGGGUCAAUUAUGGCAAAUCUGUCAUUGCCACAGUUUUUAGAGGGUGAUGGCAUUAUGAAAGGGAUGGCUAUGGCUAGUGAAGUCCAGUCUCAGAUUUCCAAAAACAAUGCUGUUGCCAUUGGUGGAAAUCUGGCGGUUAAUGGGAAUGCCGGCGGUGGUGCUGCAUCUAUUGUUUUUAGGCAUCAAAUGUCAUCAGUUUCGUCAAUAGAGUUUAUGGGGUCUAUGGGUUUGAGAGCAUUACUAGGAGUACAGACAACUCGUCAUAUAUCUGUUCACUCUACGGCAACAAUGGGUCUUGCUAUGUCUUUAAGAGAUGGUUCUGUUAAUCUCUCCAACACUUGGACUCGCCAGCUAUCUGAUACCGCUCAUGGAAAUAUACAUCUUUCAUUAGGUCCAGAGUCAUCUAUAGCUGUUGGAUGGCAGAGGAAGGAGCAGAAAAGGUCUGCUUCUGGAGAAAUCAAGCUAGGGACAGGGUCAUUUGGUGCAACGGCUAAUUACACCCACCGCUUCUCCACAAAAUCUCAUGGGCGUAUCGCAGCCAGAAUCGGAAGUACGGCACUUGAACUUGAAUUGGGAGGUGGAAGAAAAAUAUCUGAAUUCAGUACCAUUCGGAUGCUGUAUACCGUAGGAAUUCAGGGGAUCUUUUGGAAGUUUGAGUUACAUCGUGGGGGACAAAAGUUGAUUGUUCCUGUAUUACUUUCUAGGCAUUUGAACCCUAUUUUUGCCACCGGAGCAUUUGUGGUACCGACCUCACUGUAUUUUGUACUGAAGAGAUUUGUUGUGAAACCUUUUUAUCUUAAGCGCGAAAAGCAGAAGGCAUCAGAAAAUAUGGAUAAAACCCUUGUCCAGGUUCAGGAGGCUAGGACGGCUGCUAAGAAAGCUCAACAACUAUUGCAAAAUGUGGCCAAUAGGAAAAGAAGUAGACAGCUUGAAACAGGUGGACUGGUUGUUACGAAAGCACUGUAUGGCAGUCGUAAAGCUCUGAAGAACAGAAAUCAAAUAGAGGAAGUGAAAGAUGAAGUGGCUUCUCAAAUCAUUGAUGUCACUCUACCUUUAAAUUUUCUUGUGAGCGACUCGGGGCAACUAAAGCUGCAUGAGGGUGUAAAGAAAUCAGGAAUUAUGGGAUUUUGUGAUCCUUGUCCAGGAGAAUCUAAGCAGUUGUAUGUGGAGUACACCUUCGAUGGUAGCAACUUUGAGGUCAUUGUCGACGAUUUGGAUGAGUUGCUUAUACCCCAAGAAUCUCACAGAAUUUGCUGACAAGUGAGCUGCUGAGUCUCUGUUUUUUCACUUCACUGAAGAUAGAUUUAAGGCUGUUGAUUCCUCCAGAUGAGUAUGAUAGUCAAUUGGAGAAAUUUAAGGCAACCAAUUGAGAAGACUUGGUUACCUCUUCAAAUUUUGCAUCAUUUGCUAUGCCUCUGAAGUACUCUUUGUUCAAUGUUACUGCCCGUCGCUUCCCUUCUUAUCCUCCUUACCCUCUAAAUCAACAGGAAUAAGAGCGUGGGAAACUAGCAGAAAGGAAUAGAGUUUUCGCACCAACCCUAGUCUUAGAAAUGUUAAAAUGGGAUGCAGUUCCUUAGGGUUUUGGUUAAAGAUUACUACAGAGUGUAUUCUAUUUUGACAAAAUAAAGGCAGUCUAGCGAUAUCUUAUUCUUUCACCAUUAGACUAUUUGGUGAACUCCUUAUAUUCUGUACCACAACAGAGAGCAAUACUGGUGCAUCAAAAGAGAUGAUGCCUCAGAAACAGAAAGAGUUUUAACAAACUUUUGCUUUCUCAUUUGGCCUCACUAGUUGUUUUCACACUUGUGCAACUGUUCAUUACAAGAUUCUUCAUUUACAAAGUUA